AUGGUGGAUGCAGCAGCUGGAGGCUCAUUUGCUCAAAAGACCUUGGAAGAAGCACGCCAACUCAUUGAAGUUAUGGCAUCCAACAAUUACAAUCAUAGGAAAAGGAACUCUUCAAAAAGAGGUGUGUUGGAGCUGAAUACCUUAGAUGCACUACUGGCUCAGAACAAAUUAAUGUCACAACAACUUCAUUCCCUUAAUGCCAAGUUGGAAAACAUGAAGUUUGAAAGGAAUAAACUAGUACACUAUGUAGCUCUCACCAGCCAAGAGGAAUAUCAUAAGGGAACAAUGGAAAAUCCAAAAGAAUUAUGCCAAGCAAUUAUUACUAGGAGUGGAAAGGUGAUAGAGCCACAACCUAAGAAAAAACCACUUGAAAAAGACGAUGAUUUAAUUGUUGGACAAGAAGAAGAGGUAGCAGAACAGCAACCAAAACCAGAAUUGGAGAUUGCAAAAGAGGAAGAGGAGGAGAAAAUUCCACCAAAACAAAAGUUGGUGGUAGAUGAGGCAUAUUGGAAUAGAUCUAAGAAACAAAUUUUGGAAGAUUCAUGCAAGCCUCAAAUCCCUCCCCCUAUAAAGUUGCACAUAAAUAUACUAUUUGCAGAAGCGCUGGAACAAAUGCCUUUGUAUGCCAAGUUCAUGAAGGACUUGCUUUCAAAGAAGAUGAAAUUGAAGGAGGAUGCUACAAUAGCUUUAACCGAGGAAUGCAAUGCAAUAUUGCAGCAAAAAUUACCUCCUAAGUUGAAAGAUCUAGGAAGCUUCACAAUCCCCUGCACUAUAGGGAAUGUGACCACUAGAAAGGCUUUAUGGGACUUGGGGGACAGCAUCAAUUUGAUAUCACUCUCUAUUUUGAAGAAAUUGGGAGUGGGGGAAGUUAAAAGUACAAAAAUGGCUCUCCAACUAGCUGACCGGUCUAUCAAAUACCCAUAUGGUGUAAUGGAGGAUGUGUUGGUGAAGGUGGAGAAACUGAUUUUUUCAGCAAACAUUGUUAUCUUAGAUAUAGAUGAGGAUUCUGAGGUGCUUGCGAUCUUGGGAAGACCAUUUCUAGCCACUGGAAGGGCUUUGAUUGAUGUGCAGUAA